AUGCAUUUCGACCUUCCCCCAUUCAAGAUGGCAAGUCUUCAUGACCACGGACGUUAUUCUCUUCCAGCAAUGGAUUCGCUCUCUCAGACUUCUCUAAACUCGAGUUCAAAAUCCAAUCUACACUUCUGCGCAUCUUUUCCACACCUGCCGGCAAUUUCAACCUUAACCUCCUUCACACCAGCAGCCACUCCUCCACAACCAAGGGCCUUCAGUUUUGGAUCAGCUGGAUUGGGUUUCUCAACAUCUUCGCCCCCGGCUAUGAAUGGGGGUGGUGGUCUAAGCAAUUCAUCGCCAACUUGUAUGAACUGUCAAACCUCAACGACACCGUUAUGGCGACGCGAUGAAGUUGGAUCCGUUUUAUGUAACGCCUGUGGCUUGUUCCUCAAGCUGCAUGGCCGUCCGCGGCCCAUCAGUCUUAAGACUGACGUUAUCAAGAGUCGUAAUCGCGUCAAAAGCUCUUCUUCUAGUGUUGGGUCAAAAAAGAAGAUGUCCUAUAACACCACUACACUCGACCAAGUACGACCCCAUACAGAGACUCCCUUGGGACAUCGAAGACCCUCCCAGAAAUCCAUGAACACUCACUCUGAUGGCUCAAACUCCCCAAUAUCUCGGCAUAGUACCCCAUCUGUGUUCGGAAGCCAUCUCUCAGCUUUCGGUGGCCAUCCGCUAGACGAUCCUUACGCUCAUCAUUCACCAUCGCAGUUAUGCCAGCCCUCCCCUGGUCAAUCAACUCCUCCACUCAACACAAAUUCGCUUGAAUUACCCCAGACAUACGAACAACUCAUAGCCCAGAACUCUUCUCUCAAAACACGUGUUAGCGAGCUAGAAGUAAUCAAUGAACUUUUUCGAGGUCGAGUUGCUCAACUCGAGCAAGACGAAAGCAACGCUCGAAGGGGUGAAGAAAUACGCAUAGAGACAAAUAAUGACUUGCACAGGCGUUUAGAAGAAUCACAACGGCGCGAGAACCAACUAAAACAUCGCCUCGACGACGUUGAACGAGAGCUCGCCAGUAUUAAAGAGGGAGAACCUCGAGUAAAAAAGGUCCGAGUAUCUGAUAUGGUCGCUAAUAGCGAAGUCUCGACGCCUCAAUCAUCGAAAUGA